AUGUAUAUUAACACAGCUUGGAUGAUUAAUGGCACUCCUUGUUGGGUGUUCAUUGAAGGCAAUUAUUAAAGAGGAAAUAUAUAAAAAUUGCUAAACUAAAGAAGUGAAGCUAGAAUCCUAUUGCCAGAUGAUAAAAUUUGUGAUAUUCCUGUGAAUUAAGUUCAUAGAGCCAGUAAUAACAAAACAAUUGAUUUAACAGAAUUGCCUUAUCUAAAUGAACCUGAAAUUCUAUUUAAAAUCAAAAAUAACGUUUAUCUUGAUAGAUAAGUUCUAAUCUAAAGUGUCAAUACAUCUCUUUCUGAUUAUAUUCAAUAUAAAAAAUAUAUUGAUGAAAGGUUGAUUAUUAAUCAGGUACCUCCACAUAUAUUCUCUUCUUUAUUUUAUGCAUAUAUAAAUUUAGAUUUAGGAAAAAGUUCAUAACUAUUUAUUACUGGAAAUUAAGGAUAUGGAAAAACAUAAAUUAUAAAUGAUCUUGUAAACUUCUUAAAUAAGGAUUAUAUGGUCUAUUAUAAUUUAAUUAAAUCUUUAAUCACUAAAAAAGAUAAUCAUACUUAAGGAGUAGUAAAUUAUAGAUUUAUUUAUAAAUAAAAAUAAUUAGUUGGAUUUAUUGUUUAAUUACAUUACAUUGAUAUCUCUGAUUAUGAGAAUAUGUAAUAUUUUUAAUAAAAAUGGGAGAAUUUACCUAAUUAAGAAAUUUAAAAAGUAUUAAUUGAAUAGUAAAUUGAAAAUGGUUAAUAAUACUAAAAGUUUGUAUAGUAAAUUAUUGAUAUUAUAAAUGGUUUAACAUGUUUAAAUGAUAAUAUAUAGAUGAUUAGUAUUUUAGAUUAUCCAGGAUAGACUAAUCUAAUUUCUAAUUAUAUAUCAGAAUAGAUUGAGUAGAUUUAUCUUUAAAAUACUUUUAAGAAUUGUUAACAAUUAUUAAUGUAAGAUUAAUUAACAGAAUUAUAUAAUUAAAUAUAAUAUGAAGAUAAUAAAAAUUAUUUGGAGAAUCUAGAAUAAUAGAAUGAAAUACCUUAAAAUUUAAUUAAAUUGAAUAGUAUCAUAGUUUCAAAAGAUAUUCAAUUAUUAUAUAUUAGAUGUAUUAAAGAAAGAUAAGACUUAAAAUAAUAUAGAAUUCUUGAUUCAAUAAAAUUUUAUUAAUAAAGUUAUCCUCAUAGAAUGACUUAUAAUGAAUUUUAUUAAAGAUUUCAUCAUUUAGAUGUAUUUAACAGAAAAAUAACAUUAUAAAAGCAUUUAAAUAGUAAUCAAGAUAUGAAGGCAUUAGUAAGAGAAAUAUCUAAAAGGUUAAUUUAAUCAAAAGGACUUUUAUUUGGAUAGAAUUAAGUCUAUUUCAAAAAGGAAGCUUAUGAAAAUAUUAAUAAAUUAUUAUGUUCACAUAACAAGAAAUUAAAUGCAUUUGCAAAAAUAAUUUAAAAAGCUUUUAGAGUAAGAUAAUUCAAAAUGGCAAUAUUAUCAUGUGUUAAAAGAAUUAAAUCUAUUGAUUAGGGGAAAAAUUAGAAAUAAGAUUCAAAAUAACAAUAAACAGAAAAUUAAAAUUAAAAUAUUAGCUAAGAAAUUUAAUGGGAAAAUAUGAUAGAAAUUUCUGAUCUUGAUUCUUAUUAAUUAUUAAAUGAAGAAUAAUUAUAAUAAUAUAAAAAGAAAAAAGUAAAUCAUUUAUAAUUAAAAUAACAAAGUAUGUUAGAUGGAACAGUAUAUGAAGAGAUCUAAAAUACAGCAUUUUAAUUAUUAAACUAAGAAUAAUAAAUUUAAAGAGAAAAUAAUAUAAAAAAGAAUAAACUUGAAUAACAAUUGAAAGAACUUGAUGCUAUUGAAAAUGAAGUUUCAGAUCAAGAAUCAUUUUCUUUAUUGACUUUUGAGUAAAAAUUAUAAUAUUUAAAUUUGAAAAAGUAAGAAUAAACAUAAAUUGCUUAUAAUUUAUUAGAUUAAAAUUAAUAACAUUAAAUAAAAUAAUAAAAAAGAUUAAAGAAAAUGAAAGAUUUAUAAGAGAAAAUAUAUUCAUAAUUGGAACCAUACUUGAGUGAUAUAGAGGCAUAUAAAUAAUUGACAACAGGAUAGUAAAAUGAAUAUAAAAGAUAAAAAUUAGAAAAUAAAUAAAAUGUUGCUUAAUCUUUAUUAAAUGAAUAAUAAUAGAUUAAUAGAAUACAAAUUUUAAUAAAUUAAAGACCUAGAUAAAUGUAGAAAAAAUAAUUUUUAAUUGAUGAUUAUCUUUCUGAUUAUGAAUCUUUUUAAUUAUUAGAAUUAGAAUAAAGAAAAAAUUAUGUUUAAUAAAAAUAAGAAAAUUUACCUUUAAGAAUAGUAUAAAAUAAAGUUAAAUAUGGAUAUGAUAUAGAUAUAUCUGAUCCUGAAUCUUUUAAUUUACUUGAAAAUAAAGAAGAAUAUUUAAAAUAUAAAGAAAAACUUACUUUAUUUAAAGAUAUAUCUGAUAUUGAAGCAUAUUUAUCUAUAUCUGAUGUGAAUAAUUAUAUUAAUCAAAAAAAAGAAGGAUUAAAUAAUAUUUCUAAAGAACUUGCAAAUCCAGAAAAAUAUGAGAUGUUAAAAUAAUAAAGAUUUAGAGCAUAAUAAAGAUUAGAUCAAUUGAAUUUGAUAAGACAUGAACUCUUAGAUUCAAAUGCAUUUCGACUUUUAAAUGAUGAAUAAUGGAAUAUUAGAAAAUAAUAGUUAUUAGAAUAAAAAGGUCAUGAAGGAAUGAUUAAUAUUGAAUCAAUAGCAUUCUAAAAUUUAUCAAUAGAGAAAAAAAACUAAAGAAAAAAUGCAGAAUAGAUGAAAAAGAAGAAGAAGAAUAUAUUGAAUCCUAUUUUGUUUGAGAAUUAUUUACAUCCCAAAGCAAGUGUGGCUUAUAGGCUUUUAUAAAAUAAAAAUACAGUAUACAAAAAUAUUUCAUUAGCUUAUUCAUUAUUAAAGGAUAAAAAUGUUAUGGAUUAACAUUUAAAAGAAUUAAUUAUUUAUCCAUGGGAAGAAGUUAAAAGUUAUAAAGAUAAAUAAGAACUAUUAUAAUAAAAAUAAAGUAGAUAUGAAAAGGAUAAGUUAGAGUUUAAUAAAGUUGAUUUUUCUGAUUAUGAGGCAUUUCUUCUUUUAGAUGAAGAUUAAUUAAAGGAAUAUAAAAAUGAUGCUUAUUCUUUAUUAGAUAAUGAAUAAAAGUAAAUUCAUAGAAGAAUUAUGAAAUAUAAAUUAAAAUCUGAUUCUUAACAUUCUGAUCUGGAGUCAUAUGAAUUGCUUAGUGAUGAUUCUAAAUUGAAAUAUACUGAAAUGAAGAUUGAUGAAAUAUCAGAUUAUUGUGCAUAUGAGGCAUUAGAGAAUAAAGAAUAAUAUGUAAUUGAAAAGUAGAAUUAAAGGAAAUAUUUAAAUCAAAUUGAAGAAAAUGGAUUUAAAAUAUAUUUUGGAUAAACUCCGAAACUAUUAACUAUAGAGGAAUAUGAUAAAUUUAUAAAUAAUUAAUAAUAGAUUUAAAAAUAAAUAGAAGAAGAGGAAAAUUAAUAUUUAAAAUAAUAAUAAGAAGAAGAAAAGAUAAAACAUCAAAAAUAUGAUAUAAAUAAAUAAUUUGUAAUUUAAAAUUUAAUUGAUAAUCCUCAUCCAUCAAAUUUUGUAAUUUAUGAAAAAGCAUAAUAAAAUAAAAAAUUGUUAGAUAUAAGAUCUACUCUUGAUAAAAAUUUAAAUUUAGAAUAUGAUGAUGAAUUACCUUAAAUAUUGUAAAAUAAUUUAUUUAAAGAUUAUUGUUAAUAGGUAAUUAAUCAAUAAGGACAUUAAAUUGAAAAAAUUAUGAAAUGUCAAACUGAUAAUAUUAAGAAACCUCUUACUAAAAUAUAAAAUGAAAGUGUUGCUUUAAAUGUUUUUAAAAGCAUUACCAAAUUUGCUCAUAUGAAACGAUCAAGUCUAACUACAAAAGAACAUUUAGAGAGAAUAUUAUGUAGUUUAAUUGGUACAACAGCAUAAAUUGAACUACCUACAGCUCCUAAGAGUUUAUAAAGAUCACUUGCUGUUGAUAUAGAUGCAUUAAAAAAAUCAAUAGAACUUGAAACAACUAGUAGAUAAUUUAAUGAUGAAGUUCAAUUUGAAAAUAAUUAAGAAAUUCGUGAAGAAAUAUUUUUAUAAAUAUUCAAAUAAAUUGAGGGUAACACAAAAGAACAUAUUUAUUAUUUAUUAAGAUUAUGCAUAGUAAUCACUCAUUGUAUACCAUUAAUACAUCCAUUACCUUUUAUUUAAUAUCUAAAUGAAUAAUUAUAAAAACCAGAAAAUAAACUUUUCAAAGAACCAGAUAUUUGUAAAUAUUCUAAAUAAAUAAUUAAAAAUUUAUCUAUAAAUACUUAAGUUAAAGUAUUUAAAAAUGAAAUAAAAACACAACUUUGUCAAAGGGUUUAUUUGCCAUCAAAAGAUGAAUUAUAAUUAAUGUUUGAAUGCAAACAACCAAUAGUGAAAUUGAUGAUUCAUAGUGAUACUCCAUUAUGGGUAGAAUUAGAACAUCAUUUUAGUGUAUAAUAAGUAAUUAAAUAAGCUUGUAAUGUUAUCAAUUAAUAGAAUAAUUGGAAAUAUUUUGGAUUAAUGAUUGUUUAAUCUAAAAAUGAAAGUGUUUUCAAUACUUCAUAUAUAGAUGAAUCUGCAAAUUUUUUUGAUAUUUUAAAUAAAUUAGAAUUUCAUGAGGAAGUAAACAAUAAUGUUUAUAAGCUUAAUAAAAGAUUUGAUAUUUAUUUAAGAAUUAAAUAAUAUAUUAAAUUUGAAGAGAAUGAUUAUGAUUUAUUAGAUUUAUAUUUUUACCAAUUAGCAUUUGAUGUGAAAAGAAAUCGUUAUAAUUUAAAAGAGGAUGAACUUUCAAUAUUAUAAGAAUUAGAAAUAUAUAUUAAAUAUGGAGGAAAUUAAAUUAAUUCUAAAUAUAAUUUGAAAGAUAAAGUAGCUGCUAAGUAUCAAUUUAUAAAUAUAUAAAUUUAGGUAUUAAUAUCUGAAAAUAAUUGAAUUAUCAUCAAAUACAACUCUUGAGAAUAUUAUCAAAUGA